AUGCCGCCAGUCCCCAGACAACAACGGCAAUUCAGGCAGGCAUGUGACAACUGUCGUGUUCGAAAGACCAGGUGCGACCGAACCACGCCCUGCAGCAUGUGCGCCGGCCAGUCCAUAACCUGUAGAUAUAACGAUGUGCUCGACAGAAAAGGCCGAAAGCAUGGCAGAGGCCGGUUGAUCUCGCAGCUACGAGAGGCAAUGAGAGAACAGUCAACGCACGAUCACGAUCACGAUUCAACCCAUCACGACCAAAGUCAAAGUUUUACUGGCAUCAUCAUGCCCAAUAGCCCAACCGGACGCCCAGAGCCACAGGAAUCGGUACCGGGCUUCGAUGCUGCGGACUCGCAAUUCUGUGCAGACUUGCCUCCACCAAAUAUCCUACCUUCCGUGGCGGCCGACACUCCCAAUGAAAUUAGCCAACAUGGCGGUCGAUUAUUGCCCACCACGCUUCUUGCCCAUAUUCACGUCUUCCUUAAGCAUCUCUUCCCGAUAAUGCCUAUUGUCAACGCUGAGGAGUUGCUUCGCGAUGGUAAUCGGCCAGAAAGCCUUUCGGCCCCACGCUAUGUUUCCAUCGCAGCACUCUGUGCUGCCACUCACAUUCAACUCAAGUUGGAUGGUGUAGAAAGCGUGGCCGAAGUGGAAAACCCAACAGCCACAGACACGAUAGCUAGGUUCACCGACGAAUUUAUACUGUCCUGUGCCUUGAAGGCCCGGGAACAAUACGACAUUAUAGAGGAUUCGGGAAUCGAUAGCUUGUUGAGCUCGUUCUUUCUCUUCGCUGCAUACGGGAACUUGGACAAGCAGAAACAUGCAUGGUUCUAUCUCAGCCAAUGCCUCUCUCAGUCUAACGCUCUUGGCCUACACAAUGAAUCAACAUAUUCGGGACUGGACCCUGUGGAUGCAGAGAUGAGAAGGAGGAUAUUCUGGAUCCUUUUCGUGACAGAAAGGACAUACGCGCUUCAGCAUGCGAAACCUGCCAUCUUACGCAGCUCGAUUCAGAAGCCGCAAAUAUUUAGUUCUGAGUGUCCCGCAAUCAUUUAUGGCCUGGUAAAUCACAUCUGCUUGUUCGAGACGCUGCCAAAUGACCUCUAUAACUUCGUUUUCUCCAAUUCAAGUUACCAUCCUGAACAGCCCACGUUAGCAGCAUCUAUCAGCGGCGCGUUGUGUGACGUGAAGCUAUCUAAAUCAGUGGUGGAAAGCCAGCAUCUUGACACCUUAGUCACCCGAGAGUGGUUGAAAAUUUCAAUGUGGAAGCUCUCGUUGGGGUGGCGUCCGAACUCGUUUCCGACCAGCGGACCUUUACUUCCAUUCAUUUUGCCGUUUUCAGCUGGUAAAUUAACAAUGGAGGCUUUGGCAUCCGUGAAUGAGUCUUCGAGGGACGCAUGCGGAAUUGCAAUGGAGCAGAAACUUUUCGAUAUCGGGGUCUGUGUUGCGGACACGGCUCUUGCAGCGUCGGGCUCAUCCAUGCCAGUAGUAUGCGACAACUUUUCAGUGGGUCCAAUAGAUCUACUUAGUGCAUUGUUAAAGUCUCUUGCCAAUAUUCGAGGAGCUCAGUCACAUUUAUUCAACGUUUUGUUGAAGCGAUCCGACCCCGUUCUGAGGUUCCUAUCCCCAAGACUACUUGUUGAAUGGCCAAAGAAUUUCGAAUCCUCUAUUUCUCCUGGAACUAUGUACUCUGACCAGCUAGGACCACAAGGAACAAACGACAACUAUGUCGAUGAUAUCAACUAUAGCAGUGAGCUCACUUGCAUAUAA